UUGAUUUUUGCUUUCCCUCUCUUUUUCCCCUGCGGAACCCUCUCGGAGCUCCAGAAACCCUAGUUUCUCUCAAUGGGAUGGGAGAUGGAAAUGGAGGAGAUCGAGGCCGUCUUGGAGAGGAUCUGGGACCUCCACGACAAGAUCAGCGAUGCUAUCCACGCUAUUUCCAGGUCUCACUUCCUCCGCUCCGUGAAAACCCUUGGAAAGCCCGAGAUGAAGCACCGGGAGACGGAGGAGGCUGCCGGAGGAGAUGAUGACAGGGGUGGGUUUGUUUUCGUUAAGGGCUUUGGUGUUGCUGAUGAUGCUGCUUUGGCUGAGGCCAGGAGCCUCAAUAACAUUAGGAAUGCGCUUGAGAGCCUUGAAGACCAGCUUGAGUUCUUUCAUACCGUACAAUCUCAACAACGAGCAGAACGAGAUGCAGCCGUGGCAAGGUUAGAACAGAGUCGUAUUGUUCUUGCCAUGAGACUGGCUGAGCAUCAGGGGAAGAAGUACAAAGUCAUCGAAGAAGCUCGAGCAUUUGUUGGUUAUGUGCAUGAGACAACUGGUCACUUUGUUGCACCUGAGAACCUGUUUGAGAUACCAAGAAACAAUGACAACCACGAUGAAAAGCAAUCGAAUUUCUUGAUGCAAAUGUUGAUGUCCAGUCUAUCAAUAGCAAAACGGACCUUCAGAUUGGAGAAUUUCAGUGGUUUAGUGAUGAAUGCUUCCGUCUUUGCCGUCAGCAUGCUCGCCUUACUACAACUGCAUCAAAUGGCAUUCAAGAGUGAAACUGAACAUGCCAAUGAUCAAACUUUUCCAAACAAGAGAAAAAACAAGAAUCUCUUUCUGCCAGAUCCAUCCUCCACAAAUCAGCAAAAGCAGUUUAAUGUAUUGUCUGCUAGGGGUUAAUCUCAGUCGAAAAUCUUAUGCUUAUGCUUGUUUAUCAUGUUUGUUCUGACACUUGUUAGGAGAACUGAAAACCUUUCUCUGCAAAUAGCUUCGCCGAGGCUUCUUGCAACUGUUGUAUCCUGCCAUCUGUUCAGUUUUCUUACGUAGGAUUAGCGGGUUUUUUUUCCAUCUAAUCGCACUUAGUAUUGUCCUAGAAUUAUUUAUCAGUGUCCAAUACGAAUUCGAUAAAUGUAAUACGGUUAUUCUCAGCUUUGUAAAGUCAA